CAUGCACUACAGAGCUCCAGUACCACCUCCACCUGAACUCAUCCUGACCAGCAGGGAAAUAUCCACCCGACACCACCAUGAGUCUGAGGAGCAAACGCAGCGGCCGCCAAGGAAUGUAUGUGUCCUCUGGGAGCUUCAGCAGCAAAUCUGUGGGAUCCUACAUCAUCCCCAAAAUCAGCACCCCGACCAACUAUGCAGCCCCCAUCACAUCUGUAACCGUCAACAAGAGCCUGCUCACCCCGCUGAACAUCGACAUUGACCCCACUGUCCAAGCUGUUCGCACCAAGGAGAAGGAACAGAUCAAGAGUCUCAACAAUCGCUUUGUCUCAUUCAUUGAUAAGGUAAGAUACCUGGAACAGCAGAAUAAAAUGCUGGACACCAAGUGGAAGAUGCUACAGCAACAGACUGUCGCCACCUCUAACACUGAGCCCAUGCUGAAGUCCUACAUCGCCAACCUGCAAAAGCAGCUGGAGCUUCUCACCAAUGACAAACAGAGACUUGACAUGGAGAAUGGCAUCAUGCACAGACAUGUGGAUGACUACAAGACAAAGUUUGAGGAAGAAAUCAACAAGAGGAAUGAUGCAGAGAACGAGUUUGUCGUGCUCAAAAAGGAUGUGGAUGCAGGAUAUCUGUCGAAGGUGGAUCUAAACGACAGGUUGUCUUCUCUCAGUGAUGAAUUUAACUUCCUCACGGCUCUAUAUGACACGGAGAUGCGUGAGCUGAAGGAGAGCCUGAAGGAAACCUCUGUGGUGGUGCAGAUGGACAAUUCCCGAGCCCUGAACAUGGAUCGGAUAGUGUCUGACGUCAAGGCUCAGUAUGAGGACAUCGCUGCCCGCAGCCGUGAAGAAGCUGAAAGUUGGCACAAGAAAAAGUUUGACGAGAUGACUGCCGAGGCCAACCAAUACGGAGACAAGCUGCAUACCACCAAGAGUGAAAUAUCUGAGCUCAAAAGAAUGAUCAACCGUCUGCAGCAGGAGAUUGAUGCUGCAAAGGCACAGCGUGCCAGCCUUGACAAGAACAUUGUGGAGGUGGAGGAGCGUGGGGAGCAGGCUGUUCUGAAUGCAAAGAGCCGCAUCAGGGAGCUGGAACAGGCUCUGAAGAGGGCCAAGCAGGACAUGGCUCGACAGCUCAGAGAGUACCAGGAGCUCAUGAAUGUCAAACUGGCCCUGGACAUUGAGAUCUCCACCUACAGGAAGCUGCUGGAAGGAGAGGAGCAAAGACUUGGACAGGAGUCUAUUCUCAACAUCCAAACAGUGCCCACCAAAAGUAACUGUCUCUAACGUUACUAACAAGCAGAAACAGCGAAACUCAGGCCCAAUUCUCAUCAAGACAGUGGAGACCCGUGACAUAUCGUACAGCUGAUGCAGAAAACACACUGCUGGAUCACUACAGCUUUAACUCUACCUUUACAUUAAUCUCUUUGUAAUCAACUAUAUAAGCCAACUGCAUAAAUGAGCCACUUGUGUGUGUUGUUUAUUUCCCUUCUUGAUGUUUAUACCAUUAAUUACCAGUUGCUGAAAAUAAAUACAUAAUCAUCAGCAUGA